CUCAGAGUUCGUAGUGGCGCUGCAAUCUCUGCUGUCUCAAGGACAGGAACCGGCUUGACGUCCUUCUCCUGUGCUACCCAAGCGUCUGUUCUUACAGCGCUCCCGAAGCUCAGCCUGGCUCCUGCCCCGGGCCCCACCCUGUGGCCAAGCCUCUGCUGUCAUUUCCCCUCCCUCCUCUCAGUCUGCAGCUGUGGAAAGGGCCGUACUCCCCAGUUUCUGCUGUGUUGUGACCCCACAAGACGCUCAGCACCCUGCACAGAACUUUCUCUCCGACUGAAUUUAUGACUCUGUGGAUGUGAAGCUAUUUCUAGAAAUCUCUUCCUUCGCAGAAACACCCGAAACCCUCCUGCCAGGAGGACCAGGGCCCAGGAAGUGGGUCACUCCCCGGGGGUCCUCCCCCACCCUCCUCGCCUUCCUCACAUUCUGUGCCCUGGGGCACGAGCAGCUGCUUCCACCCAGAACCAGUGGGAGCCUGUGUCAGGAGAACAUGUCGAAGCAGAGCUGCCGGACGUCAGAACUGCGGCUCCUCCUCCUGGGGAAAUGCCGCUCGGGAAAAAGUGCCACAGGAAAUGCCAUUCUGGGCAAAGAUGUGUUCGCUUCCAAGUUCGGUGAUCAGAUAGUGACCACAGUGUGCCAAAGAGAAAGUCAGGUCCUGAGAGAAAGGAAGGUUGUGGUCAUUGACACCCCUGACCUUUUCUCCCCAGUAGCUUGUGCUGAAGACAAGCAACGCAACAUCCAACACUGCCUGGAGCUCUCUGCCCCCAGCCUCCAUGCCUUGCUCUUGGUAAUUACCAUCGGCCAUUUCACAAGGGAGGAUGAGGAAACGGUCACGGGCAUCCAACAGAUGUUUGGAGCUGAAGCCAGAAGGCAUAUCAUUAUUGUCUUCACCCAGAAGGAUAAUUUGGGGGCUGACUUGCUGCAAGGGUUCAUUAAAAACCACGAAUCUCUCAAGCAAUUGGUUCAAGACUGUGGGGGCCGAUACUGUAUUUUCAGCAAGGCUGAUACUGAGGAUGAGCGAGUCAGCCAGGUGUCGGAGCUCCUUCACAAGGUCGAAGAUUUGGUGAAAAUGAACCGAGGACCCUAUCAUGUGAACCUCAAAACUGAAGGCAGCAGAUUUCAAGACUGUGUGAAUGAAGCUUCAUCUCAAGAGGGAGACAAGCCGCAUGGCCCAAGGGAGAGGCAGCUGCAGUCCACAGGACCCGAGCAGAAUCCAGGGACAUCAGAACUGACGGUCCUCCUCGUGGGGAAACGCGGUGCUGGAAAAAGUGCAGCAGGAAACAGCAUUCUGGGGAGGCGGGCCUUUGAGACCGGAUUUAGUAAGUGGUCAGUAACCCAGAGCUUCUCGUCUGAGAGCAGAAGAUGGAGAAAAAAGAAAGUUUUGAUCAUUGAUGCUCCGGACAUCUCCUCUUUAAGGAACAUUGACUCAGAACUUAAAAGACACACCUAUCCAGGCCCCCAUGCCUUCCUGCUGGUGACACCACUAGGCUUUUACAAUGAGGAUGAUGAGGCAGUGCUGAACACCAUCCAAAGCAGUUUUGGAGAAAAAUGCUUUGAGUACAUGGUCAUACUCUUUACCAGGAAAGAAGAUUUAAGGGAUCAGGAUCUAGAGAAGUUCUUAAGAAACAGCAAUAAAAGUCUCUGUUGCCUCAUCCAGAAAUGUGGAGACAGAUAUAGUGCCUUCAACUACCGAGCAACAGCAGAAGAAGAGCAAAGGCAGGUGGAUGAGCUCCUGCAAAAAAUUGACAGCGUGGUGCAUCAGAACGGGAACAAGCAUUGUAUUUUCAGAGAAAAAGAAACCCUGAGCAUUGUCCUCGUGGGGAGGAGUGGGACUGGGAAGAGUGCAACCGGGAACUCCAUCCUGGGGAGGCUCGUCUUCAUCUCUCAGCUCCGGGCCAAGCCAGUCACCAAGAACAGCCAGAGUGGCAGCAAGACCUGGGACGGGCAGGAGGUGGUGGUUGUGGACACUCCUUCCUUCAGCCAGAUGCUGGAUGUCGAAAAGGACCGCUCCCAGUUAGUAGAGGAGUUCAAGCACUGUUUGUCCUGCUGUGAAAAAGGGGACACAUUUUUUGUCCUGGUGUUCCAGCUGGGACGAUUCACUGAAGAGGACAAAACAGCAGUGGCGCAACUGGAGGGCAUCUUUGGAGCCAGCUUCAUGGACUACACGGUUGUGCUGUUCACCCGGAAGGAAGACCUAGGGGCAGGGAAGCUUGAGGACUUCAUCAAGAACUCAGACAACAAAGCCCUUAAGAACAUUAUUAAAAAGUGUGGGUGGCGCAUUUGUGCUUUUAACAACAAAGAAACUGGCCAGGCCCAGGAAACCCAGGUGAAAGCUCUUUUAGCAAUAGUCAAUGAUCUGAGAAGGAAACAUGAGUGGAGUGGGUAUCUCUAUCCAUGGGAGAACACCAGCAAACCAACUAAAAAUGUCCAGGAAAUUUCCCAAGCCAAAAAAUUCUUUAAAAGUUUAAAAGAUAUGUUACCAUAGGGAGCCAAAGUGCCUGGGGUCUGUUCCUUUGGGGACACCCUCAGGUUGAGGGGAGGGACGGGGCAUGGUAGGACUGGUGGGGAAGCAAGAGGGCUCAUGGCUUUGAGGGUCUGAGAGGUAAAUGCAUCCCACCUUGCAUCUCACCUUUAUUAUUUGUAGAUAAAUAAAUUGCAGGUGGGGGUGAAUAGUAGGGGAUCGUAAAGGAGAAAGAAGAUGGGGAAAGAGGUAUCAGACAUUAGGCGGAUCUUAAGAGGUAGAAUCGAGUCACAGGAAUCAAUACACACGGUUAUCAAGGCUGAGAACACCCUUGAUCAGAAUAUAGAUAGUUGCACAACACCCCGGGGGAUGCAGAUGCAUUCAGGACACUCCUGGGCAUGGCAGAUGUGGGAAGCAGACUCCAGAGGGCCUCUCUGUUGUCCAGAGCUGUUGGCUCCCAAAGCUCUCCUGUCGCCUUUGGGAUGUGACUCAGGGCUAGAGUUUUCCUUUCUUCCCAUGGUAGCUAUUCCUCACUGCUCUUUUCAUUGCAUGCCUAGAUGUGAAGUGGGACACAGUCUCCCAUUCCUGGCUUUCUCCGAGGAAACCGAUCUGAGUCUUGGAGGUUUUGAGUGAUUUUAUUGCUAAUUAUCACAGUGACAUAGACUAGAAUGGCAAUUAGCAGCAUAGUAAGGUUGCCAAAAUCAGAGAAUCCUGCAAAGUUCUAUAAUUCUAAGUGUUUUUCUACAUUUCCUCUAGAGAAGGUUAUUAGAAUCUCCAUUGCGUUUCUCUUUCUCCCUCUCUUUCCCCCGACGUUAGGAAACAGGUUAAAACUCAGAGAACCCCAAUAAUAAUGGUUUAAAAACACCAGGGGAUUCCUGUAUGUCAUGUCAGAAAGCUGGGGAGUAAGCGGUCUGGGGCUGGUAGGCCUCAACAUGCCAGCUUUGUUCUAUCUUUCUGUCUUGCCUGCAUUGGCAUGUGGUUUCUACACUUGAGUUUGCUUCUUGGUUUCAAGACAGUGGUGUUCUUUCCAUGGCUGAACAGAUCAUUUUGAAAGGUGGGCGAUAUGUAAGAGAGAAAUCUGGAACCUUCUGGGUAGAUACAGGGUAAGAUGUUUCAAAUGUUGAGCACUUGGUACAUGCUUUGAGGGCAUAAUCUGUGUCAUCUGCUUUUUUCCCUAGAUAAUAUCAGGUUACUUUCAGUAUUAAUCCGUUUAAAAGAGCAUGGACUGUUGCCAUUAAUACUUUGGGAUUCCACGUAACUCUUAACAUGAUAACUUCUAGAAAAUGUGUGUGCCGUGGACACAGGGAACAAGAGGCAGCAGGGUAUACUUGAGGGUGGAGGAUGGGAGGAGGGCGAAGAUUGAAAAGCUGCCUAUUGGGUGUUAUGCUGGUUUCCUGGGUGAUAAAAUUCUCUGUACGCCACACCCCUGUGACAUGCCACUUACGUAUAUAACAAACCUAUGCAUGUAUCCCUUGAAUUUGAAAUAAAAGUUGGAAAGUAAAAAAAAAAAAUGUAAGUAUAUUUAGUUGAAUCAAAUAAUAAAGAUGAAUCAGAUUAUGAAUUCA